ACAUCCGGGUCAGAGGGCGUCGCUCCGUCUGCUGCGGCUCUGUUGCUGGUAGCCGCUGCUAAUUUUGAAAGCUAACGUGAAAACGAGAUUAACCCUGCAGCCAUGGAUUAACCGAGGCCGACAGGAGGAUAAAAACACAUAUCCCCAGUCAGCUGAGGAGCCACAGGCGGCCUCUCCUCCAGCUGUGUGCUCGUUUUGUGUCUCUGAGGGGGAAACUCCGCUGCUGCCGGGUGAGUGGCGGCUCCUCUGACCAGACAAGUCAUGGAGGAGGAGGACACAGUUUGGACCCUUAGAAAAGGAGACACCCACUGAUUUAUCCGAGGAGUGGAGGACUCAAAUAAGAGAGAGAGAGAGAGGGAGCUGUGAGGAGCUGCUGGAGGAGAUUUUCUGGUUUCUGGAGGCUGGAAGAGAGUCAGAGCAGGCAUGGGCAGUGUGAUGGGACCGGUGCUGCUGUGGCUGCAGGAUGUUGCGGCUGUCACCCUCCUCAAAGCCCGGCGGACUUUACUCCAGGCUGCCGUCCUCUUCUGCGUGCUCCUGCUGCUGCUCUGGGUGUCCAUCUUCCUGUACGGGAGCUUCUACUACUCCUACAUGCCCACCGUCAGCUUCUCCACCCCUGUGCACUACUACUACAAGUCCGACUGCGACUCGGCAGACUCGGUGCUCUGCUCCUUCCCCACCGCCAACAUCUCGUUUCUGAAGAAUGAGAAAACCCAGGUGAUGGCAAACGGGCAGCCCUAUCGGAUAUCUCUGGAGCUGGAGAUGCCGGAGUCUCCUGUGAACCAGCAGUUGGGCAUGUUCAUGGUGAAGAUGACUUGCUAUACGAAGGGCGGACAGGCUGUUGAGUCCGUGGGACGCUCUGCGAUGCUGCACUACCGCUCCAGCCUCCUGCAGACCCUGGGCACCAUCUUGUUCUCCCCCCUCCUGCUGAGCGGCAUGACCGAGCAGAAGCAGCUCAUAGAAGUGGAGCUCUUCUCGGAGUACAGGACCAACGCGUACCAGCCCACCCUGGGCGCCGUGGUCGAGAUCCAGUCCAAACGGGUGCAGAUCUACUCAUCCCAGAUCCGCAUCCACGCCUACUUCACUGGAAUCAGAUACGUCCUGUACAACUUCCCCUUCACGUCUGCAGUGAUCGGCGUGGCCAGCAACUUCGCCUUCCUCAGCGUUAUCGUGCUUUUCAGCUACCUGCAGUUCAUCUGGGGCGGCCUCUGGCCUCCGGAGCAAGUGAGGGUCAGGGUCAUGAUGGGGGACAGCACCCGCUUCCAGCAGAGGAAAGAGGAGGCUCGCAAGCGCAUGGAGAACGCCUCAUCACAGAGGGAACUUGAACCCGCUGAGAUAGGCUCUGUGAAAGAGUCAUCUGAUCCCCAAGGGAAUUCCUCAGUGCCGGAUCCACCAUCAAAUGAGCCUUCAGUGAGCCUCGAUGCCCCCGAAGCCACUGAUCUAGACUCCAGUGGUCCAGAGCCUCGUGACUCUCCGGGGCCCGAGGAGGAGGAUGGUGCAGAUGUUCUCCUGGAGACGUGCCAGCCGCCUCAGCCGGGAGAAACCACUCUCAGACAGAGGCCCGGACCCUGGAUGAGCUUAUGAAUGUCGACAGAUAGUCUAAAUGCCAACAAGUCACUCAGUGUGCACACAUGUUGGGUCCAGUUUUUGGCAUAAACAUACAGUAGAUUGCAUGUGAAAUAAUUCCCUGUUUUCUCUUAGGACCAUAACAUUUUUGCCUCAUUGCUAUUAGGGCUGCACGAUAUGGACAAAAUUUCAUACCUCAAUAUUUAUGCCAGAUAUCUUGAUAGCAAUACAAUAUACACGAAAUGACUACAGAUUCACUCUUAUGUGAAAUUUAAAGUGUGGCAACAGAGAAAAUUAAGCAUUCUUCAAAACAAAAACAGCCUAAUAACACCAACUGGAUGAAAAUGCAGUAUUUUAUCCAUCAGAACAGACCAAUCACUGUCUUAGGCUAACCCGAACCCUAAAUUUGAUAUUGUUUCCUUUUCAGAUAUAAAUCUCUGUUCAUGUCUCAGUAACAAUAUGGUAAUAACAUAUCGUUCAGCCCUAAUUGCUACCUUAAAAUCUUAACCUCAGCUUGAUUUAUUAUUUAUUUUUGUGGCUCAGUGUUUUGCUUAUCGGGCGGCCUCCUCCUCUCCUCACUUUUGUGCCGUCUCGGAGCAGGCGGUGCUACAUUCCAGCUCUCAGUGCUUUUUUAUUCCAUCUGUGCAGUAUUUUAACCGUAUCGCCAACAGCAGGCAUUUUGGCAUUACCAUCGGGCACCAGCUCUCUCAGAUUGUGCUUGUUAUGUCUACCUUGCCCAGCAUCAGAGCUCCUCAUCCUGUCUUUUCGAUCGCAGUGCAACACUCCUCCAUGUAGCUGCUCCAUAAGGGUGACUGUGAAACCAGAUUUUGCAUCCUUGUAGCCAUUUCACGGCCAUUUAGGAGACGUACGCAAUCGCGCCUCAUGACACUGUUACUCACAGGCUUUCUCAGAGCAAUUAGAUUUGGGUAAUUUAUGUGUGAGAGGGCAGCUUUUAUUUUAAGUAACUUCCAAGAACAAAUGUUUUGUGAGUGCCGCCUAAGGGAGCUGAGCGAUUUAUUGAACUUUUCGUGCAUUUUCAUCUUCCUGUUAGAGAAGUUCCACCAUGUUAUGGAUGAUUUAUCAGCCUUAGCACAUUAAUUCAAAGAUUCAAUACUGUUAAAAAGUUGUUCUUCGUUUCCACUGAUCUUUAACAUCUAAAAUAUGUUACAGAGAUGUAGCUGUUACCCUGCAAUUUUAUAUUGGUGUUGACAAAUGUUUUUUCUUUCCCUUUGUUUUUUUUGGUUAUAGGAGACUUAAAGUAUUUUAGAAAGGUGUGGUAAGUAAUAUAGGUACAUUCGAUUUUCUUAAAGGUCAUAAUUUAACCUUGAGAUACAUAUGUAUUUGGAGAAAAAAUGAAGUUACUGUUUUGAAAAUUACGCUGGUUGGAGCUAAUGAAGUAAAAGUAAUGCAAAAAAUGCUGGAAUGUGGCUCGGCGUCUGUGUUUUUAACUCCACUUUAGGAGAACUAAGGUUUACGUAAGUUUAUGGUUUGAGUUUCUAUGUGCAAGUUGGGUCGGUGUAGGGUUUCAUACCAAAGACCUUGUUACAGGCAACAUUACAGUGCACUCUUGUCAUGUGUCAUCUCUCUCUCUGCACCGCAGAAAUGACAUAAAUGCUCCCGAAACAAAUACAAAAGUUGACAUUAUUUAUGCCUUGUUACUAAUUUAAUAAAUGCUCUGAAAAACGUC